UUGACUACAGUAACUACCAAUGUGUUGUUAUUGGUUCUAUGAACUCGGUUUGCUCACACUGUAAGGCAUUAAAAUACAAAAACGAAGCCAAUGGAUUGUGUUGCGCAAAUGGUAAAGUGAAAUUGAUACCAUUGGAUCCACCACCAGAACCAUUGUACUCAUUGGUUUCAGGAAUAGGAACAGAUUCUAUACACUUUUUGACAAAUAUCCAACAAUAUAACAAUUGCUUUCAAAUGACUUCAUUUGGGGCAACAAAUGUAGUUCGGGAAAAUUUUAUGCCAACUUUCAAGAUACAAGGGCAAAUAUAUCAUAGAGCAGGUUCACUGUUACCAGUGUCAGAUAGCGACAACAAAUUCCUGCAAAUUUAUUUUAUGGGCAAUUCACCACAAGAAAUUGAUCUGCGUUGUGCACAUAACAAUUUAGUAAAGAGGUCUAUUGUAGAACAAUUACAAACUUUAUUUCAUCAGCACAAUCAAUUGAUUAUAUUGUUUAAAACUGCCCUGGAUCUGAUGCCAUCCGAUAAUCACAAAAUUGUAAUCAGAGCUGAUAAAACACCUGCAGGUCAACAUACAAGACGUUUUAAUGCACCAACUAUUGAUGAAGUUGCUAUCGUUGUAGUUGGAGAAAACUUGGAAUCCCGUGAUAUUUUUUUACGUCGUCGGAAUGAUCAAUUACAACGUAUAAAGGAAACACACCGCUCAUAUGAUGCACUGCAAUAUCCCAUUAUAUUUUGGCAAGGUGAAGAUGGCUACGAUUUCUCAAUAAAAAUGAUAAAUCCCAUUGCAGGUUCUGAAACCAACAAAAAAGUCAGUUCAAUGAACUAUUAUUCAUACCGCCUAAUGAUUCGGGAAAAUGAAGAUAAUCACAUAUUGAAAUGUCGGCGAUUAUAUCACAAAUAUGUUGUUGACAUGUAUGUUAAAAUUGAAACGGAAAGAUUAACAUUCAUCAGGUUGAAUCAAACCAAACUCCGAUCUGAAGAGUAUAUUCACCUUCGAGAUGCGAUUAAUACUGAUGGAAAUGCACAGAAUGUCGGUCGGAUGACUAUUCUUCCAGCAACAUACAUCGGAAGCCCUCGGCAUAUGCACGAUAUGCUCAAGAUGCCAUGUCGUAUGUUCGUCAUUAUGGUACAGCAGAUUUGUUCAUCACAUUUACAUGCAAUCCGCAAUGGAUAG